GUACAUGGAAGAAAGUCCAUCUCUGAGGCGGAUGACUAUGAUGAGGGAGAAAGGAAGGCGACAGGCCAUUAGGGGCCCCGCGUUCAUGUUCAACAACAGGGGCACCAGUCUGACGGCUGAAGAGGAGCGCUUCCUGGAUGCAGCAGAGUACGGGAACAUCCCUGUGGUGCGCAAAAUGCUGGAGGAGUCAAAAACACUGAAUGUCAACUGUGUUGACUACAUGGGCCAAAACGCCUUGCAGCUUGCUGUAGGGAACGAACAUUUGGAAGUGACGGAACUCCUGUUGAAAAAGGAGAACUUGGCACGGAUCGGAGAUGCCCUGCUGCUUGCAAUCAGCAAGGGCUACAUUAGGAUAGUGGAAGCAAUUUUGAAUCAUCCUGGGUUUUCAGUAAAUAAGCGACUGACUCUGAGCCCUUGUGAGCAGGAGCUCCAGGAUGAUGAUUUUUAUUCCUAUGACGAAGACGGUACCCGCUUCUCUCCAGACAUCACUCCCAUAAUUUUAGCUGCCCACUGCCAAAAAUACGAAGUCGUGCACAUGCUGUUGAUGAAAGGGGCAAGGAUAGAAAGACCCCAUGAUUAUUUCUGCAAAUGUAAUGACUGCACAGAGAAACAAAAGCAUGAUUCUUUCAGUCAUUCUAGGUCAAGAAUAAAUGCAUACAAAGGACUGGCUAGUCCGGCUUAUCUCUCCCUCUCCAGUGAAGAUCCAGUACUUACUGCUCUAGAACUCAGCAAUGAACUUGCCAAGUUGGCCAACAUUGAAAAAGAAUUCAAGAAUGACUAUCGCAAGCUGUCUAUGCAGUGCAAGGAUUUUGUGGUUGGUGUUCUUGAUCUCUGCCGAGACUCGGAAGAGGUGGAGGCCAUUCUGAAUGGGGAUUUGAACUCUGAGCCAGUUGAGGCACAGAGACACAGAGCAUCACUGAGCCGUGUGAAGUUGGCCAUUAAAUAUGAAGUCAAAAAGUUUGUGGCCCAUCCAAACUGUCAGCAACAGCUACUGACUAUCUGGUAUGAAAACCUCUCAGGAUUACGGGAGCAGACCAUAGCUAUCAAGUGUCUGGUUGUGCUGGUUGUGGCAUUGGGCCUUCCAUUUCUAGCCAUUGGUUACUGGAUUGCACCAUGUAGCAGGCUUGGAAGAAUUCUUCGAAGCCCAUUUAUGAAGUUUGUGGCACAUGCAGCAUCCUUCAUUAUUUUCCUAGGCCUGCUGGUGUUCAAUGCAUCGGACAGAUUUGAAGGCAUAACAACACUACCCAAUGUCACUGUUACUGAUUACCCUAAGCAGAUCUUUAGGGUGAAGACUACACAGUUCACCUGGACAGAAAUGCUGAUCAUGGUAUGGGUACUGG